AUGAGAAGAAUCGACGAUAGAUGGACUAAAAGAAGGCCAGAGUGGAUUCCAAGAGAUGCUAAACACCCUCGAGUGAGGCCACCAACGAAAUGGGGUGACAUGUUCGCUGCACGGAUAGACCAGCUGAGAGCUCAGCUGGAUACGGCUCAAGGACCUCGUCAACGGGCCCGACUGACUCAGCUGUUCACUUCCAGCGAUGAUCUGUCGGUUGAUAAACUAUUCUUUGGCUUUCAAAGAUGGAAAAGUGAACCGUACUUGGGUGACGAAUUGCAAAGUCAUUUUUGA